AUGUGCCAGCAGAAACCCGGUGUCCGCUACUCCGCCCCCUUUAUUUCCGCCGCAGAUGUCCCGCAUCGUUCCCGGCUCCCUAACCUUUUGCGUGACGAGGCCUCGUUUCUUCCCGCGGCGCCGGGGGGAGGCUCCGUGCCCGCCGCGCCCUCGUCGUUCGGCCGUCUUUUUCAGCCUCUGACCCCCGCCGCGCCCCGGCAGCGCGCCGAUGUUCUUGCCACCGACACCACGGCGCCGCUGCGGACGCGGACGGCGACCACGACGCUGUCGGCGGCGAAGCGCUCCGGGACGAGCCAAGGCGCCGGCGACUGCAUCGCGGCCCUCAUCGACAACCGCACCAACGAGGUGGGCGUGGCCCUGUGCCAGUUUCCGUCCCUGGCGGUGGUCAUCACACAGUACGGGGACAGCGUGGCCUUCGCCAAGACCCUCUCCUUCGUGUUCUCCCGCAACCCCGUCGAGGUGCUUGUGCCGGAGACGGCGGUGGAGAAGAAGCUUGUGCAGACGCUGCUGCGCCACUUUCGCGACAUCACCUUCACAGGCGUGCAGCGCCGCACCUUCGACGAGGCCCGCGGCGCCCACCGCCUGCUGGAGCUCAUGUCAACCGACGAGGCCUGCCUGGAGGUUGGGAACACGGACCGCUACCUCUGCGUGGCGGCCGCCAACGCCCUCGUCGAGUUUCUGGAGACGACGUACAACUACACCCUCCUCCCGCACACCGUGCGAGUGCAGUACGUGGCGCUGGAAAAUUACAUGGAGGUCUCUCGGCUCGCCGCGCGGGCGUUGCAGCUCAUCCCCUCCGGCCCGCCACUCCGCGCCCAUCGCGGUGGCCCGCGGCAGGAGGAGGCUGCGGGGGCCGCAAGCAACACGCGCACGGCCCGCAAGACACUCUUCCGUGGCGCAUGCGAUCCGCAGCAGGGCGCCCCGAUGCUGCCGCUUGUGGAGGUGCUCAACCACACAGUGACAGGUGUGGGUCGACGACUGCUGCGCUCCACAAUUCUGCAACCGCUGCGGGACCCCACCAGCAUUGAGCUUCGCUACGACAGCGUCGAGUGGCUGCGGCACGACGAGGAGGCGCUGACCGCGCUGCGGCGUUCCCUGCAGCUGCUUGGCAAAGAAGACCUGGAACGCGCCAUAUCCUGCUUUUCGCAUGAGCCAAAGGUGCAGACUCUCAAGGUCAUGCAACAGCGAAUUGAGGCUGUUGUGACGCUGUGGCAACUGCUGCGCGCCGCCACGCAACUUGCGGCUACUCUGCGUGAACACUUGGGCAUUGACAAGGGCACGGCGAGGGAUCGCAGUCAUGACGGCUGCCCCGGUAGCAGCACUGACGACAAUGAGGGUAAUGAAAGCGAUACGGAGGAUUCUCUUUGCGAAGAGCAGUUGGGACGCAAGAGGCGCAGAUUUGAUGACGCAUUUCAAGGGCCUCAAAGUGGUGCGACAACGCCUCCCCGCGACACGGAUGCGGGGGCGCCUGCGGUUGCUGUAAAGAGCCGUCGCUGCACGAGUACGCUCCUCUGUAAGCUUCUGGAGACUCUGACUGUCUGCCGUAUGGAGGAGAUCUGCAGCGCGAUUGCCGUGCGCCUGGACGAAAGCAUCGUGCGCGCCACCAGCGGCAUGGGCGCACAGGCCGGAAAUGGGGUGACUCCGCGGGCACGACGUCCCGGUCAUGCCAUCCUUCAAGUGCAGCACUGCUUUGCCGUGAAGCCCAACAUCAGCGGCACCCUCGACAUGGCUCGCUACCAGUACAGUCAAGCCAUCGGCUCGAUGUUUGAUCUAGCAGAGGAGCUAAAACAAAGGCACGGUGUUGGGUCCCUGCGUGUCGUCUAUGACGGUGUCCGCGGUUAUCACUUUUCCUACGAUGCUCGCCAUGAGUGCAAUGCGCCUGAUGCCGUCUUCCUGCAGAAAUACUCUGGCGGAAGUCAUUACUCACUGUACAACAGCAGUUGCACGAUGAUGAUGAUGGCAGACGAAGAGGAGAGGGGGGAGACACGGGCCCUUGACAGGGACGAUGACGUUCACGGCGGCGGUGGGAGCAGGCUCCACGCUGUGGCCACCGGCAGCACCUCGCCUCUGCGCGAGGAGUACGCAUCCGUGCGCCAGAGCCGUCGCCGGCCGUUUUCUGCCUUCGAGGCCUCCGCGUUGGCAGGUGGGGAGCAGCAGGAGUGCCGUGGAGAGCACCAACUCACAAAGCACCAGGUGCGUGGCAGGCGGGUGACGUGCACGACCACAGAGUUGCUGGCCCUUCGCCGCAACGCGGAGGACGCGGCGGCGGAGAUCCUUUGCACACAGGACGGCCUUGUGCGCCUCCUCAUCGAUUACCUCCGACAACGCCUGGGGAAACUGCAGGCCGUGUGUGACGCCGUCGCCAUGUUAGACCUGCUGGUGACCUUUGCGACGUACUCUCGUCUUAACGGCUGUGUCCGACCGACGUUGUUGAAGUCUGAAAGGCCGUUGGGGGUCGGCGGCGGCGGCGGCACGUAUUUCUUGGAGGCCCGCCACCCAGGUGGGCUGUCGACGGCGAACAGCAUCCGGUGGGACGCGGGCGCCAACGUGCUGCUUGUCACAGGGCCUAAUGCCGCGGGGAAGACGACCCUGCUGCGCCAGGUAGGUCAGCUGAUUGCGCUUGCGCAAAGUGGGUGUCUUGUUCCGGCUAAGGCUGCCGCACUGCGUCCGUGUGACAGACUUAUUGCCCACAUGCUCUGCGACGACCCCGAGGACACGUCCAGCUCGGCGUUUGGAAAGGAGAUGCGGGAGCUCUCGUAUUUGUGCCUGCACGCCACGCGAGAGAGCGUGGUGUUGGUGGAUGAACUCGGACGACGCACUUCCGUGCGAGAGGGGGCCGCGAUUGCCCGGGCGACGGUGGAGUUCCUCGCUGAGACACGUUGCCGCAGCGUCUUUGUGACGCACUUUGGCGUCUUGACGUGCCUGGAAGGCCUUUCCGCGGGUGGGGUGAGAAACUACCACCUUGCGGUGGGCACUGAGAGCAGCGACAAGGAGCAGGCUGCAGCUGCAGAUGCGACGAAAACGUCGGGCCGCCCGAUGUGCACUCUCCGCUUCGAGUACAGACUGCUACCCGGUCCUUCGCAGGUGGAUCACUAUGGGCUGCGUCUUGCGGCGCGUGUUGGCUUCUUUCCCCCAGCGCUCGACCUCGCCAGGCGGCUGCUGCCUCUGAUGGGCGGGGCGGGGGAGGCGGGACAGCCCAGUGACGACGUUGGCCACGGCGCGACUGCCCCGGAGGCCGAGGAUGGGUCCGUCGGCAGCGGGCAUGCGACGACGGUGGCGUCUGAUGGGCGCAACGCCGGGAAGCCGAUGGAGGAUGAGGAGCACGACGGCGCGGACGACGAUCCUGCCCGCCCCGCCGAGGCGAACGGGAGGCUUUCAGGUGCCACAGGCGUCUCCAGCAUUGUGGUGGUGAGUGAGGAGUCAGACUUCUCGGAGGUGUUGCGGGAAUUUUCCUUGACGGUAUAA